AUGGCUCGCCUCGCAUUCAUAGUUCUAUCCGCGCUCGCGGCACUUGUCUCCACGCAGAGCGCCUCCGCUGGCUGUGGUAGAGCUCUCCCCAAUGGACAACAACCAGGAGGAGUUUAUGAAGCUUCUAUCAAUAACAGACGUUAUCUUGUCUCCAUACCCCAAAGAUACUCUAUCAACAAACCCGCACCUCUCAUUGUGUCCUAUCAUGCUGGUUCUCGAGACGUACAAAGACAGCUCAAAUUAGAUCAGUUUACUGACCCUAAGCAUAACACGGACAAAUUAGUCGUGUACCCGGAGGGUUUGACGAAGUCGAACUGUGCCCGGGAUAGCACUUGUUAUAAGCACUACUGGGCUCUCGGCCUGAGAAACUUUACUGCCAACGAUAUCGAGUUCACCAAGUCCAUCCUCAAUGCAGUUCAAGAACUUUAUUGCAUUGACAAGAAUCGAAUAUUUGCUGCUGGGAAAUCUCAGGGAGCAGGCUUAGUCGGAAGAGUGCUUGCAUGUGACCCGACUCUAUCACACAUUUUCGCUGCAUUCGCUCUAGUCUCCCCUCUCCUCUACACCAAUGCUAAGCCUUGUGUGGAACCAUAUACGUUCCCAAUCCCUUGUUCCCCAGGAAGGACAGAUGUUCCUAUUAUUGAGAUCCAUGGCGGUAGCGAUGUGACAGCAAAUUAUCGUGGUGAUUACGCUAGAAGGCCCGGAGAGUGUCUUCCCAGUGUUCCCUGGUGGAUAGAGACAUGGGUGAGAAACAAUGCACUCGACGUGAAAGGUAACACCACGCAAUUGGCAGCCGACACGCCCACCACAAGUAUCACCAAGUAUGGUUUCGGUGACAAGGAGGGCUUGGUUACUCACGUCUUCGAUUCAGAACUUGGGCAUCACUGGCCUUCGAAAUCGCAUAACAGCGACAACAAAGGAAGGCCUGCAAAGUUCGAGGCCACUCCUAUGAUAUUAGAUUUCUUCUAUGCUCAUCCACUAAAUCAACUCCUUCUAUGA